AUAACCCCACAGCCUCUCUCCUUCAAUCUCUCAUCAUCACCAUCUUCUCCCUUUCUCCUUCUGAUUUCCCUCUAAUUUUCUUAUAACCAUAUAUUAAUUUUUAAGCAAAAUAUGUGCAGCUCUAAGGCUAAGGUGACCAUCGGUGUAGAGAUAACUCCGGCAGUGGCCAAGAUCAAUGGCCGGCCGGUCCUUCAACCUACAUGUAAUCGUGUUCCUACCCCUGAAAGGCGUAAUUCCCUUAAGAAAAUCUUACCUAAGCCUCCACCUACUCCUCCUCCUCCACCACCACCACCACCGUCAACUUUUCCUAGUAUUGCUCCUAUAUCUCCAAAGUCUAAAUCACCGAGACCAACAGCUAUCAAGAGAGGAAUUGAUCCUAACUGCUUGAAUUCAAGUUCUGAGAAGGUUGUGAUUCCAAGAAACACCCCAAAAGCUCCAGGCUUAGAGAGGAAGAAAUCUAAAAGUUUUAAAGAAAGCAGUGUUGGGAUUGGAAUACUUUCUUCUUCUUCAUCUGCAGAAGCAUCAUUAAGUUAUUCUUCUUUGUUAAUCGUUGAGGCACCAGGAAGUAUUGCUGCGGUGAGAAGAGAACAAAUGGCUCUUCAACAUGCACAAAGAAAGAUGAGAAUUGCUCAUUAUGGAAGAUCAAAGUCUGCCAAGUUUGAAUCCAACGUUGUUCCUAUAGAUUCUUCAACCACUAAGCCUGAUGAAGAGGAGAAGAGAUGCAGUUUUAUCACACCAAAUUCUGAUCCCAUCUAUGUUGCUUACCAUGAUCAAGAAUGGGGAGUUCCUGUCCAUGAUGAUAAGUUGUUGUUUGAAUUGCUAGUCCUGAGUAGUGCUCAGGUGGGUUCAGAUUGGACUUCAAUCUUGAAGAAACGUCAAGACUUCCGAGAUGCGUUUUCAGGGUUUGAUGCAGAAACUGUGUCCAAUAUUUCUGAAAAACAAAUGACGUCAAUCAGUAUAGAAUAUGGAAUUGAUAUAAGCAGGGUUCGAGGAGUUGUUGACAACUCUAACAGAAUUCUUGAGAUAAGAAAGGAGUUUGGAUCCUUUGAGAAAUACAUAUGGGCAUUUGUGAACAACAAGCCAAUCCCAACCCAGUACAAAUUUGGACACAAGAUUCCAGUCAAGACUUCAAAAUCAGAGAGUAUUAGCAAAGACAUGGUGAGAAGGGGGUUUAGGUUCGCGGGUCCAACCGUGGUUCACUCAUUCAUGCAAGCAGCUGGCUUGACCAAUGACCACUUAAUUACUUGCCACAGGCACGUUAUUGGAUGCGCUGCAGCCCACCGGCUCAGCCAAACACAACCUAUGGAAAAUCAGAGCUGACAAAGCAUAAAUGGAGCAAUAACAAAGUCUAACUUGGAAUUGUUUUUCUUGUGCAUAAUUAUAGAUUUAGGUAAAGGGUGAAAAGGGUUGUGACUUGCGAGUUUUUUUUUCUUUUUUUUAUAAAAAAAAUUAGUAAAAUGCAUUCCUUCUUAGGAUUAGAGAGAGCUUACAAAUUAUUUGAUAUUUACGAAUUACGUGUCACUCUCUUAUAAAAAAACUCUAAUAACAAUCGAUAGAAUUCAAAUUCAAGAUGAAGUGUAUCAAAAAAAAUUGAAUAAUUAACAACUGAAUCCAUCCUUUACCAAUAUAUAUAUAUAUAUAUAUAUAUAUAUAAUGAGUGUUUUGAGUGUGGUGACAUAGAGUAGAGAGAAGAAAGAAAGAAAGAAAGGUUGGCAUAUAGUGCUGUGGUGGAGGAGACAGGCAACAUGUGCAAUUCAGAGGCAAUGGCAUGUGUGGUGUCAGCCGCCUUUUAUUCCAUGUGACCUAUCACACUUGCAUUAUUUGGGUUUUUAUUUUAUUUGUUUAACAGGGUGUGUGAGAUCCUUGAGAGCUUGGAGAGGAGGGUGGGAGUGGAACCACAUGUCCCUCUCUCUCAGUUUGAGUUGUAAUUCUGUUGUACUUUUUCUAACAAAUUAUUGGGGAAUAUUAUACCUCAAAUGGCUAAAUGUAUCUUGGAUUUGGUGUGAA